AUGGGGGACACAAAGCUCUGCCUUUUGCUGCUUCUUUGCGCCUACGCCUUGGCCCAAGAAGACAUCGAUAGUGCCGAAGAGGAAUCUCCAACUUGUUUGCUGGCAAAACGGUUUAAGAGCUUUAGAAACUACGUCUAUCAGUAUGAAACCGAAGCACUGAAUGGCGUGAGCGGAGCCUCCAACCUCAGGAACGGUGCCAAAGUCACCUGUAAGGUCGUGAUCGAUGUGCCUCAGACAUGCAGCUACAUAGUGUCCACCCCCGAGUGCACUCUGAGCGAGGUGUCUGACAUCGAUGCCGAGGGGCUGCCCGUGUACGCACCGGCUGCCGGAGCUGAUGCCUUCCAGGCCGCCAUGGAGAAGAACCCACUGAAGCUGACUGUGGAGGGUGAGUCUAAGGUGAGCCUGUUCCCUGAGGCAGAUGAGCCCACCAACAUCCUCAACAUCAAGAGAGGAAUCAUCUCUGCCCUGCUGGUGCCAGUGCUGGAGGAGGAGAAAAACAGCAACAUGGCCACUCUUCAUGGUCUGUGCAGCACUGACUUCACUGUCAACACCAGGGAGGACAUUGCCACCGAUGUCACCGUCACAAGAGACCUGUCUCAUUGCGACAGUUUCCGUCCCAGCAAGGACCUCACCAGCCCCCUGGCACUCAUCUCUGGCCUGGUGAGACCCCGACACUUCAGGGGAGAGCACUGAGGAGCGGUUCUGCAG